CCCUUCCCUACUGUUUACCGUUACAAGUUCUCGCCCAUUAACGGGAGUCCGCUUCGCAUGUCACUCCACUGUCACUUUUGCUUUUGUUUUUCGAUCAUUUGUUUCACUGUACCUGAGAUUUCACUCGCAAUUCCAGCGUAGAGAAUAAUGAAGACGUAAUCAAAUUCACACGCAAAGCAAAUUUGAAGCGAGUGUUAUGACAGGCAAGCGAGGCAUUGAAGCGUUCGAAGCCAAGUGCGGAAGGGUUUCCAGAGAUUAAGCAGUUAUUAGGAACACCAAAUUAGUCGGAAAGAGUGACUGGUGCUUUGAGAAAUAGGAAUAAGGAAACUGAUGAUUAUUUAGAAAUAAAUAUAUCACAUACGUAAUUCCAACUGAGAAAAAAUAAAAUCACAUACAACUUUCCUGUUAUCGGUAGGAAAGCCUGUUUAAUUAGAUUAAUAAAACAGGAAAUCAGAACAUCGAAAAAAUCAACAUCAGAAUAUGAACAAGAUGAAGAAAAAUAUCAACAUCAGAAUAUGAACAAGAUGAAGAAAAAUAUCCACACACAAUAAGCACAGUGUCGAUACAAAUAUAUCUACCUUUAAAAAAAUAAAGAAAAUAAAAAUACUAAGAAAUGGCGCCCUGGAAAAGAGUCCCAUUGCUCCUAACGUGCGUGGUCUUCGCUUGUCUGCUGCUUAACCUGCCUUCCCGCCAAUCAGGAGUCGUCAGGGAGGACGUGGGCGUGGCCAGAUCUGCGCCCAGACUUCACGAAAUCGCGCCAUCUCCGUCAGGCGAGGAUGUGACUGGGGUCGCUCCACCACCUUCAGGAAUUGGAGGUGUUCGUUCGCAUCCUGAAGGAGGUAGUAAGCAAGUUAAGAAGGAAGAGGAGGAGGAGAAGCAGAAGGGGAAGAGGAGGAAAGCUGAAGAACAGCCGCUGAAGGUGCUCAAUGGCCUCCUUGGGCUUCCGCUCUUCAAGGAUUACGUGAAAAAUCUGAAGGAAGGAUUGGAUGAGCUCUUCUACACGAUUAAGCCCGCCAGCCUUGGUGUCCCAGAGGUUGAGGACAAAACGAUAAGCAAGGUCAAUAAAAGCAGGUUCACAGAGGAGAUAGUGGCGGAUGCGGUGACCCAUGCUGACCUAGAAACAGGUCAUUCUGGGCCACAUCGCAGGACGUACACACUGCCGGGAUGCGGGUGUGUGAGGGAGGCUGCCGAGGAGGUCGUUCCAGGUCAUGUCAUCCUGCGCAGGUCUGACCAGAGUGCCCUUUGUCAAGUGGUGCGUACAGUUUACUAUGGCAAGCGGUCUGACCGAUCGUGUAUGCAGUAUUUCUCGAGUAUUCCAAGCGGGCAGGGGUUGAUCGAUAUUCUGCGUGAGUUGUCUGUAGGAUCUAUGGUAGGAACUUUGUGGCGUUUCGUGGCUUUCGCUGACCCGCUGGUGGACGCCGUCUUGUCACGUGACCUGGACUCGUACAUCCUGCCGCGGGGAGGGCCGUGA